AUGGGAGACAAGGAAGGAUUUAUUUAUCGAUUGUGGCCUUCCAUUGAAUCUCAUCGACAUCAACCUCAUAUUGCGGUAUGGGAUUUGGUUUCCUUUUUACCAAAUGAUGGAUUUCACAUUUACAUGGAUUCUGAGUUGGGACAUUACAAAACAGCAACACUUUUAAAUGAAAAUUCCUUCAAAUUUAUCAUGAAAUGCAACUCUUCGAGUUUGGAAGGGGGAUGUAAAGAAAAGCUGAAGGAAACAAAGUUGUCAGAAGGUUCUUACACUUCAUUGACAGAUGGCCAAAUUGUGGCGAUCACUUACAAAAUGUCGACGGAGUCUCGAGUGAAUUUUCUAACGAAUGAAACUUCACUCGAUCCAGAGCAAGUUGAAGGAAACCAAAUUCCAAAAGUCAUUGAUCUCUUUGACAAGAGGCUAGUGUAUGCCAACGAAAGUGAUCAAUAUUCGCUUUUGUACAGUGAGUACAGUCCACUAAAGUUGACCAACUUGACACAAGCAAUAUGGAUGGGAAUAUUUAAGAUAAUCCUUUCCAAUGCUCAUAUUUAUGCUAUUGUCAUGUUUCAAAACAGAAAAUGA